AUAGUCCGGUGUUUAUUUAUCAACUGUCAAAAUUACGCGCCACCGGGAAGAAACCGCACAAUAAUCGUUAUUCCUGUAUUUACACGCUCACUUCGCACCGUGCAAAUGCCUUCCGUGAACUUAAAAUCGAUAGAGUCGUUUAGCUCUGAAGAUCCGAACUAUCCCGCUUCGAAUCUUCUAAAGCCCGGCAACAAGAAAUGGAAGUGCCGUGAAGCGGGCGAACAGAGCGCGUUCGUAGUGAUACGGCUCGAGGAACUGACGCAUAUCACCGGCAUCGACAUCGGAAAUGAACACUCGGCGCUGAUCGAAGUGCUGGUCGCACGUAGCGGCCCCUCCAGUCCAUCGUUCCGUGAAAUUCUACUAGCCACAAAGUUUAUGAAUCCGGUAGACAGUCGCAACUCAACGGGCACUAACGGGGUGCAGUGUUUUAACGCAUCCGCACUGAUUCCGUCGGUGGCAAGCGAAAAGUGGGAUUUGGUGAAACUCAUCUGCACGCAACCGUUCAAUUCCCGCGUCAAGUAUGGGCUUACGUUCGUCGCACUACACACCAGCGGUGCGGAGAAAAAGGAGCGGAAGAGCUUGGUGCCGGAAAAGUUCCAGCAGCAAAUACGAGAGGAAGCAAACAAACCGAAGCCAUCGGUUGGGCUCGAUUUUGGCCGGUUUAAGCUGCGCGAAGAAUCACCAGAUUCGGAUGAUGCCGGAGGCUCCAAUGUAUUUGCUCGCUGGAAGAAUAAAAAUACAACGAGCUCAACCACCGGUGGCCCAUCCGUGAGUGCAUUGAUGCGCGAUACAAACACACCGAACGCAUUGCAGAAGAAUCUUCCCACGCCGGGAAGUGUGCGAACCGUUGCAAAACAGCGACCCAAACCUCAAGCGUUUGAGGACAGCGACGAGGAGAAGGUUAACAAGCAGACCAAGAUAAAUCGUAACGAUGAAUCCGUGUUAUACGAUGCGGAAGAUGAUAAACCGGCCAAGAAGCUUAAUGAAAGCGCGAUUGCAGUACACGCUCGAAAUGAGGCCGGAAUGGCAAAGCGGGAGCCCGCUACCCCAAGACCUGACGCGAAAAAUGCUUCAAAGACAAGUGGUGUGUCAUCGUCCAAAUUUAAGGACUUUCUUAACCUUACCGGAGCGGAACGGGAGUCGAGACAGAAUUCGCAUUCUACCCCGGAAGCUAAAAAACCUCAACACAACAACAGCACAUCACAGCUGGACAGAAAGAAGACACCGAGUAAAGCCAAAGACGACCAUCAAGCUCGUCCACCAUUGUCCAUCGAAAAGCAAGCCGUUCCUUCUUCGAAGCGGACGACUUCACCCACAAGAAGUCCUGCCGACAACAUGAGCAAUGCUAUUUCACCUGCUACGAAGAAACCGAAAGUGGCAGUUCAGGACGUGGAAGAGCAAAAACCGGUCCAGUACAAACCAUUUGGAAAGCUGCUAGAAAACGUUGUGCUGGUCAUUAGUGGGAUUGUGAAUCCUGAUCGAGCCAACAUUCGCAGCCAAGCGCUGGCGAUGGGAGCAAAGUACAAGCCGGACUGGGAUGCUUCCUGUACCCAUCUGAUCUGUGCGUACAAAAAUACACCGAAGUACAACCAAGUGCACGGGAAGGGAAAAAUCGUGAAGAAAGAUUGGAUCGAACGGUGUUACGCCAACCGGAAGCGACUUUCCUGGCGCAAGUUUGCACUCGACACAGCGGAGGCAGAGGUGUCCGAUUCGGAAGACGAGAUAGUAGAUAUAGCGAACAAACCGGCCGAGGCGGUACAACAACCAGCGGAGGAAAGUCGCAGUCCACCAACGUUGGUGCAGCAAGCACAGGAAGAUGCUGUGAUGCUGCACGAAUUAAGCGACACGGACGAGGAACCAAUCGGGGAAAUCGAACGCAAGGCGUACGACAAAAGCACGGAAGAGGAAGGCGACCGUCACGAGGACAAUGCGGCGAGUGGCAGCAGUUUGAAUUUUUUCCAAGGGAAGAAGUUUUUCCUCCACCAGGAGCUGGGGGCGAUCGAUAUUAUAAAGCUGGAAAAGUACAUUGAAACGUAUAAGGGAGCUGUGUGCAAAGAUAUGGCCAGCGCAGAUUACGUGAUUGCUCGCAACAAACAUACCUUACCGGCCAGCAGCCGAGCCGAGCUGGUGAAGCCGCUGUGGGUGUACGAAUGCAACGACAUGGAAUGUUUGAUACCGGUGAACCGAUAUCGAGUUGUUUAGGGUGUGCUUAAACAAGACGAACAACAAACGAACCUUCCUUUGUAUUGUUUAUUCCGAUCGAAAAAGAGAAUCGAAAUAACAUCGGAGCGUUUGCUAUA